CAAUAAGAAACACACUUUCCAUGGUCUUUCUUUCUUUCUUUCUUUCUUUUGACCAAAACCUCUGACCAUUUCUCCCCUUCAUCUUCUUCAUAACCCCAAUUCCAAUUUUCCAAAACCCUCAACUCUCAUAAAAAAAAUGGCUUCUUUUUUCUCCUCACUCUUCCUCCUAUCAAUCUUGCUAACUCUCACUCCAAUCCUCUGCACCAAUUCUGAAGGAAAUUCUUUACAUGCUUUAAGAAGCAAGUUUUCUGACCCCAAAAAUGUGUUGCAGAGCUGGGAUCCUACACUUGUGAAUCCUUGUACCUGGUUUCAUGUUACCUGCGACUCUAACAGCCAUGUUAUUCGUUUGGAUUUGGGAAAUUCUAAUAUUUCUGGGGCUUUGGGUUCGGAGCUCGGUGAACUCAAGCAUCUUCAAUAUCUGGAACUUUACGGGAACAAGAUUGAAGGCAAAAUCCCAAAGGAAUUAGGAAACUUGAAAAACCUAAUCAGCAUGGACUUAUAUGGCAACAAUUUCCAAGGGGAAAUUCCAAAAUCAUUUUCUAAGUUGAAGUCUUUACGAUUUCUGCGAUUAAACAACAACAAGCUGUCGGGCCCCAUUCCAAGGGAACUCACAACUCUCUCUAACCUUAAAGUUUUUGACGUUUCUAAUAACAAUCUUUGUGGCACAAUACCUGUCGAUGGCCCUUUCACAAGUUUCCCAAUCGAAAGUUUUGAAAACAACAGACUGAACGGACCUGAGCUUCAAGGACUCGUGUCUUACGAUUUUGGAUGUUAAAUUACGAAAAUGGUGCGCAGGUGGUUUGAAGAUGGAGCAAAAUAUUUUACCAAUUAUCAUAGUCUUUGUUUGUAUUUAUAAGUAUGAGCAGCAGCAAUACUAAAUAAGUGACAAGUUAAGGGUCUUUUAUUGUGUUGA